AUGAUUCGGGGUGAUUCUUUUGACGGUGGACAUACUGGUGACCCAGAACGGGAUUUAGCUUACGAAAGGGAUUACAAAAGAAGAGGUGACAGCUUUGGUGAAGAAACAGUCCCAGACGAUGUGGUCCAGUAUUUAAUUUUUUUCAAGAAAAUGAUCGAUGAAAAAAAUGUUAGCGAAAUUAGAAGCUUGUACGAGCAUGGGUUCCCUGAUUUGACUGAACGAUUCUUCCAGCAACGAUUAUGGCCGAGUGAAGAAACUGUCGAAAAUAUUGUAGGAUCGGGUGAACUUUUUCUUGCCCAAGUCAUUGCAUUACUUGACAACAAAUUGUUCAUGAUCUUGUAUAAAGAGUUGUAUUUUCGUCAUGUUUAUACGAGGACGCAGAGAGGACCGUCUAUUGCUCAUCGUUUUGAAUCAUAUCAAAAUUAUCAGGAAUUGUUUUGUGAGAUUCUGACUCCAGAGGAAAGCCCUGUUAAUUUAGAGUUACCUAAUAUUUGGUUAUGGGAUAUUAUUGAUGAGUUUGUAUAUCAGUUUCAAGCCUUCUGCCUUUAUAAAGCAAAUCCUGGGAAAAGGAGUCCAGAGGAGUAUGAUGAUUUAGUUAUGAUUGAGGCAAAUCAAACGGCAUGGAAUAUUUAUCCAGUUCUCAACAUUCUGUAUUCUCUGCUUUCUAAAUCACAGAUCGAUGAGCAGUUAUGCGCUAUACGUGAAGGACGUAAUCCUGACGACGUUGCCAACGAGUUUGGUCGUUCGCCACUUUACUUUAAAUUAGGGUAUUUCUCACUGAUAGGUCUACUGCGUACUCAUGUUCUUUUGGGCGAUUAUCACCAGGCUCUAAAAACCGUUGAGAACUUGGAAUUAGAUCCAAAAGGUCUUUAUAACACAGUGCCAUCGUGUCUCGUUACUUUACAUUAUUUCGUUGGGUUUUCACACAUGAUGAUGCGGAAUUACGGUGAAGCAACUAAAAUUUUUGUCAACUGUUUGUUGUAUAUACAGAGGACUAAAAACUUGCACAAUCUUCAGCAACAGCAUCAGCAACAAAAAAAGAGUUUUCAAUAUGAUGUGGUUAGUAUUGGGAAGACAAACGACCAGCUAUAUCACUUGUUGGCCAUAUGUUUGACUCUGCAGCCUCAGAGGAUUGAUGAUUCUAUACAAUCCCAGCUCCUUGAAAAAAAUGGCGAUCGUAUGAAUCGGAUGAGCAAUGGUGAUAUUGAUGAGUUCCGACUGGCAUUUCAACAAGGGUGUCCAAAGUUCUUAUCGCCCACAACAGUGGUUUACGAGGGGUUAAAUCAAGCCAAAGAGCCUUUAAUUCGACAGUGUAAUGCUUUUCUGGAAGGUAUUGAGUCUCAGAUAAUGCUUCCUAUAUUACGAGGCUAUUUGAAACUUUACACAACGCUUCCAACAAAGAAGUUAGCGAGCUUUAUGGACGUUUUAGAUUCGGAGUAUGACACAUUCGUUGGGAAAUUGUUAACAUUUAAAAUGAUCGUCAAUGAACUGGGCAAAGAAUCAGCAGAUCGUGGCGAAAUUGAUGACUCUACUACAGACCUUGACUUUUAUGUUGAUAGGGAUAUGAUAGUAAUAGCGGACACAAAAGUUGCUCGGAGGAUCUGUGAAUACUUCAUUAAACAUAUACAGAAACUUCAGGAGGUAAAUUAA